UUGUUGUCUCGUAACGUGGUAUUCGACGUAAUUCUGUCAUUUUCAGAAGAAAAAAAAAUGUCCAAGUCUUUGAAGAAGAUUGUGGAGGAGAGUCGGGACAAGAACCUUCCUGAGGUGGAGAUGUGCGAUCGAGGCAUUUCGAAUAUGUCGGACAUCCCGGGAUUGUGUAAGGAAUCAUAUGCUCUUCAAUCUCGCUUUGUAGUAAACAUGGCAUUCGUUACUCUUUCUAACAUCACUCAGUUGGUCCUCAGUCACAACAAGAUCACAGUUGUGCCCGCUAACAUUUCGGAGCUAAAAAAUCUGGAAGUUCUGAAUAUGUUCAACAAUCAGAUUGAAGAGCUGCCCACUCAAAUCAGCAGUCUUCAGAAGCUGAAACACCUUAACCUCGGGAUGAACCGUCUGAACAGCUUGCCCAGAGGGUUUGGCUCUUUCCCGGCUUUGGAAGUGCUGGACCUGACCUACAACAACCUGAGCCACAGCUCUCUGCCGGGAAACUUCUUCUACCUGACCACUCUUCGUGCUCUUUACUUGAGUGACAAUGAUUUCGAAGUCCUUCCCACUGACAUCGGAAAGUUGACGAAGCUACAAAUCCUGAGUCUCAGAGAUAAUGAUUUGACCUUGUUGCCAAAGGAAAUUGGGGAUUUGGCUCAACUAAAAGAGCUUCACAUCCAGGGCAACAGACUGACCGUUUUGCCACCUGAACUUGGUACU